AGUGCAGACUUUGAGGUUAGAGGGAGGGAACUGAUGGAGGGGCCCUGAGGGAAGUUUGUCUUGUAAGGUGUACCCGGUAUUGAGGUUGUACUAUCUGUGGGAUGGUGUGGGAGUGGAGAUUCUGUGGGAAGAGUCGCUGAAGAGGGAAUAUUUAAGUUCUGAGGGAGGGCUGAUAAUGGGGAAAGUAUCUGAGGAAGAUGGAGGGAAUAUAGGGUGAAUAAUCUGAGGGUCGAGGAGGUUCUGAGGGAAAGGACUAAUGGGGUGGGCUGUCAAAAAAGGAUUAUCACAGGCAAAAUUCUCAUAGUUCUCAAGGUAGAAUAUGGUAACAUUCAUUCUUUGAUAAUAAAUUUACUUUGAACUUACUUUGUAAAGGGAAAGGAGUGAUUGAAAGUGGAGGGAAGAGGUAGAUAGGAGUGAAGGACUUAGCAGAGGACAGUAAAGGAGGAACUCACACAAAAUGUUGGAGGAACUCAGCAGGUCAGGUAGCAUCUAUGGAAAUAAAUAAGCAGUUUAUAUUUCAGGCUGAGACUUUUUCAGGACUGGAAGGGAAGGAUGGACAAGCCAGAAUAAAAAGGUGGGAGGAGAGGAAUGAGGACAAGCUAGAAGGUGAUAGGUGAAGCCAGGUGGGUAGGGAAGGUGAAGGGCUGGAGAAGAAGGAAUCUAUUAGGAGAGGAGAGUGGAUCAUAGGAGAAAAUGAAGGAGGAGGACCAGGAGGCAGUUUCUCCUUUAUCCCAGCCACCUGCCCUGGGUGGUGUUACAGCCUGACACUGUGGUUUUGAUUGAUUCAUCAACCCCAUUCUCUGAACUCAAGCCAAGGAGAAAAUCUGAGAUUUCUAGUUAAGCUUGUUCCUUUUUCUGACUGAACGCAUUUAACAAGAUGGAUGCCCUCAGGAGGGAAGCGGGCAACAUGGAUUUGACCGCAGUGGACAAGAUGGACCACACGGAGGCCGAGGGCUGUGACUUCCAGGAGCCAGGCCAUUCGGGCAGGGUGCUGGAGGGUCUCCACAGCCUGUGGCAGAAGCGGACGUUCUGCGAUGUGACACUGUGCUGCGGGGGGCAGGAGUUCCCCUGUCACCGCAUCGUGUUGGCUUCCUCCAGCUCCUACUUCCGGGCCAUGUUUUCGGUGGGGUUUCAGGAGUCGCGGCAGGAACGUGUGGCGGUCAAUGGACUGGAGCCGCAGAUGGUGGGCCUACUGCUGGGCUACUGCUACUCUGGCCGGGUGCGCAUCUCCGGCUCUAAUGUCCAGGGCCUUCUGGCCGCCGCGAACCUCCUGGACAUUGGCCCGGUGAGGGAGGCCUGCUGCCAGUUCCUGGAGCGGCAGAUGGAUGAGACCAACUGUGUGGGCAUCCACUGCUUCGCUGAGGCCCACUCCUGCGAUGAGCUGCAGGCCAAGAGCCUGGCCUACAUCCUUCACCACUUCUGUGCCGUCCGCACGCAGGAGGAAUUUCUCGCUCUCUCUGCCGAGAAGCUGGCCCAGAUCAUCUCCAGCGACGACCUCAACGUCUCCCGGGAGGAGAUGGUCUUCGACGCCGUGCUCCUCUGGCUGGAGAGGGACCAAUCGAGGAAACUUGUCUUUGAGAAGAUCUUGGAGCACGUUCGCUUGCCCUUGAUCAGUCCGUACUACAUCCACGAUGUCAUCGAACCCCAGAGCGUUAUCCACGACUCUCUCCCGUGCCAGCGGCUGAUCGCAGAGGCCAAGGACUACCUGUUGUUACAAGAUCGGCGAGGCGAGAUCUUCGGCCCCAGGACCAGGCCGCGGAGGUCAACAGGGAUAAACGAAGUGAUCGUCGUGGCUGGCGGGGAAGAUGACAAGGUGGUUCUGCGGUGUGUGGAAUCCUUCGACCCCAUUGGCCGUGAAUGGAAAUGUCUGUCUUGUUUGCCCUUUGCCAUCAGUAAACACGGGCUGGUUGCGUCAGGUAACACACUGUAUGUGGCUGGAGGCGAGUACCCUGAUGGGUCUGCCAGCAAGGACAUGUGGCGUUAUGACCCCUGCUAUAACAUGUGGCACGAGAUGUUCCCAAUGAACGUGGCUCGCUCUGAAUUGGGCCUGGCCAUGCUGGACGGCUACGUGUUUGCAGUAGGUGGAUGGGAAGGAACUUCCAGGCUGGACUCCAUCGAGUGUUACAACCCACGCACCAACUCCUGGCGUUUCCUGGCCUCCAUGAAGAUUGCAGUGACCAGCCCUGCUGUUGUAGCAUUCAAAGGUCUCUUGUACGUAGCAGGGGGAGCGGUGCUGGAAGACGGAGAUGGAAUGAACUUGGUUCAGGUUUACAACCCAAAGACCAACACCUGGACUGAGGUGGCGCCAAUGCAGAUUCCUCGCUCUGGUUCUGCUGCCUGUGUUCUCAAGGGGAAGAUCUAUGUCAUUGGCGGCUGGCAUGCUUCUACGGAGAACACUGACAAGGUGGAGCAGUACGACCCCAAGACCAACACGUGGAAGAUGUGUGCCCCCAUGAACGAGAGACGGUAUCGGCCAGGCGUGGCUGUGAUUGGCGACAAGAUCUAUGUGAUGGGAGGAGAAGAGGGUUGGGAUCGGUACCAUGACACCAUUGAACAGUACAAUGAAGAAAAUGACAAAUGGGAGAUCUUUGGAGAGAUGCUCGCAAGCCGCAGCUGGUUGAGUUGUGUUACCGUACAGGUCCAGAAAGAGACGUGGCCCAGCAUUUUUGUGGAUUGAUGGGGAACUCUACCUGUACUUAAAGAGCAUUGUCUACAAUCUUGCAGAACAGUUGUCAAGUACAGUUUGCAGAAUCCGGUCAGCUGACAUCCACUGGAAAAGGUCCACAGUUCUCCACCAUUUAUAGAAGCACUUUAGGGCUUAUUUUUCAACCCUUGCAGCCUGGGCAGUAACUUCUGUAUUUAACUCCAUGGGUUCCAAAAGGGAUUUGGGAGGGGUUCCUGGAUUGGGAUGGGUAUGAUUCCUUUUAUCUUUGAACUUUGCAUUGUGGUGAGAAUAUUUCUCCUUGCUGUUCAUUGGCUAAGGGUGGGUUCUCACCGCCCUCCUGUGUGCCUCUGGUCUGAGUGUGUACAAGAUGCAUCUUCAGAUUCAUACUUGGAUAUACCAAAAAAUGGCUAUUGUAAAACAUUUCUUUACUCCAUCAGAGAGAUAUAGUGAAGUCCGCACUUUAGCCUUGACGUUUCUGCCUUUUGUAAUUAGACUGGUGCAGGAGCCCUUUUUUAAAUAAAACAAACUCCUAUGUUUUCUAUAGAACCUGAAGUAUUGGGGUGGUGUUCUAACUACUUCGUCUGCACAGAGAUCUCUCAGCUUUCUCAUCACUUGGAUACCAUGACUUCUGAAGAAAAAUAAUGAACUGACAUUGAACUUUUCUACGUUGUUAAUUUUGGUACCUUGUCGUGGCCAAGUCUGAGUUGAGGACUGUUUAAGAAGUGCGCAGUCUUUCCCCAGCGGUAAUGUUUGGAUCUGAAGGCUGCUUUUGGUGUGUUGCACCCAAGUGCUUGAGCUCGCACUGUGCAGAUGGUUUAAUGUUCUUUGCCAUCCUAAACACGGGAACUUCUAAAUUUGUUCAGUUUAAUGAAGGUACAGUUACUUUAGAAACUUUAUACUGCCCAUUUUUAAAAUGGGUUUCAGGUCUGCACCCAACCAGACGGGUGAUGGUACAUGAAGUUUGCGAUUGUCUGACGUUGACUGUCACUGUCUACUUUGACAUCUUAUCUCUGAGCCACUGCUUGAAGACCUUGGUUUCUCUUUGGUGCCACACAGCCAGCUGUCCAAGAGUCUUGACCCCAUUAAACCUGUUUAUCUCAUAUCAUGCGUUAAGAACUUUCUGAUGGUGGGAGAGGUUAAUUGCUAUGAUCGGAGUAUCUCUGGACCUCCACAAGGAAGCUGGCAUCCUUGGGGUGAGUUUUGCAUUGGGUUCUGAUGGUUUUAUUGCAAAACUUGUUGCAGUUUAAUUCCCUACCAGUUUCGACAGUGCUCUCUCUCUCUCAUCAUCUCUUGUCAGCUAAUUGAAGAACACUACCUUGUAUUCUCAGGCUGUUAAGACAUUAACUGUUUGAGAACUGCCUCAUUUUACAUCUCCAAAUGUGUUUCAUGUGAAGUUUCAAAUUAUGUUGCACAAGUUUAUAAAGAUUAUAUAAUCGUGAAUUUAAGCAAUAAAGAAUUUUUUUACAGCUGUAACUCAAGGAAAACCCUAUAGUUAUUUAAGAAAACCACUGCUCCUGAUAAAAUGUGCAAAACUGCUUUUAUACCUCAGUAUACCAAACUAAAUAAAGUUGUG